CAGGGGAAGGACCCUUUGCUUUGGCGACUAGCUACAUCUUAUUCAGCAAUUGGCAAACUACUCAAAGCUUGCAAAUUGUCGCCAUCUGUGUGUUACGGCAAGGAUGAUCUCUCACACUUUCGUGCUACUCGCUGUCACGUCCGGCUCGCUGGCCCAGCUCGGACUCAAGCUCGACACGCAGCUCGACGGCGGAUGGAUGAUGCCAUCGUCCGGCUAUGCCUCAACCACACAAUUUGUUUUAAACGACGAGAUCAAGGCAGAUGGCUCGUAUGGCUCCACUGCGUGCGGCAUGGCUGGCUGGGCAGGUCCUGGUCAAAAGUUCCAUACGGACGGACCUGGCAAAGGACCUGGCUUUCUCUAUGCCGCAAUCAAUCAGCGCGCCUUUGGAGCAGUCAAUGGGCCGGGCUGGGCCUGUGGCAAAUGCUACACCAUCACGCCGAUCUCCGAUGCGGACGAAGUGCUCUGCGAUCAGUCUCUGACAUUCGAAAUCUGUGAUCUCUGCCCGGUUGGCACGCAGAACUUCAAGAAUUGCGGUCAGUGUCGAGGCUCUACAAAUACCGCUUUCGGUCAAGAAUUCCAUUUCGACAUUGCAACGGAUGCGAUGAAUGCCGAGCAGUAUGCCACCUUCACGAAAGGCAUCACUUAUGGAUCAAAUUGGAAGAAAGUUCAAUUCGAGCUCGUCGAUUGUGACAGAUCAGUCAAUCCGCUCUUCACCACGCGCUCUUGGGGCUGUGCAUCAGGAUGUAAGCUCAACAACGCACUCGAUGCCUGCACGGAUGCCACGACGGGCAAGCUCGUCUCAACGGAAGUGGCGGAUCACUACUCUGGCUUGCACAAGAAGCGCAUGACCAUGUCUCCCGUCAGUUCACUUGACAAGUAGGCAAAGACGAAGAUGUUUUUACGAGCAGGUCUCGCAUAGACUGUCAUUGCAACCAUAGGGCUGUGACAUGGCGAUAAGU